ACGUGGGAAAAGCCCCGGCUGGCUAUAUAUAUUUUUUUUCUAUUUCAGACUUUUACCAGUAUAAGCAGACAUGUUUCCGCUUCAGUCAUGAGCGCAUACCUGUCAGCAGGUGGCAGACGGACUAUUGAACUGUAUUUGUCCGGAGUUGAGAGCAGAAAUCAUGGCAGGCGGUGAGAGGGUCGCUCGUCUGAUGCGUCAGCUCGCGAGCGCGGCGUGCAGAUGCCCCGCUCAUUCUCAAGCAUACUCCCACACUUACAACUUUUCCACAGGUGGAGCUCACAUGCCUGAACAGAAAACAGAUUAUGCAUUUGAAAUGGCUUGUUCAAAUAUCAGAUAUGGAGCUGGAGUAACCAGAGAAAUUGGCAUGGAUUUGCAGAACAUGGGAGCACGUAAUGUUUGUCUGAUGACAGAUAAGACCUUGUCUCAGCUGCCGCCAGUCGGAGCAGUGCUGGAAUCACUGACAAAACAUGGAGUCAAAUACGAGACGUAUGAGGAUGUGCGAGUAGAGCCAACAGACAAAAGCUUUAAAGCAGCUAUUGAUUUUGCCAAAAAAGGACAUUUUGAUGUGUAUGUGGCUGUGGGCGGGGGCUCUGUGAUCGACACCUGUAAAGCAGCCAAUCUCUAUGCAUGUCAUCCAGAGGCAGAGUUUCUAGACUUCGUCAAUGCACCAAUCGGAAAAGGAAAACCCAUCACAGCCACACUGAAGCCACUAAUCGCUGUACCUACUACGUCUGGAACGGGGAGUGAAACCACAGGAGUGGCAAUCUUUGACUUUGAGGACCUGAAGACCAAAACCGGUAUUGCAAAUCGAGCCCUAAAGCCCACUUUGGGGAUGGUGGAUCCCCUACAUACUCUUCACAUGCCAUCCAGAGUGGCAGCUAACAGCGGCUUCGAUGUGCUCUGUCAUGCGCUAGAGUCUUUUACUGCUUUGCCGUAUAACCUAAGAAGUCCCUGCCCAUCCAAUCCCAUCUAUCGCCCAGCUUACCAGGGCAGCAAUCCAAUCAGCGAUGUUUGGGCAAGACACGCUCUUAAGAUCGUUGCCAAAUACUUGAAGCGGGCGGUGCGUGAUGCUGGAGAUGUGGAGGCUCGCUCCAGCAUGCACCUGGCCAGUGUGUUUGAGGGAAUUGGCUUUGGCAAUGCUGGAGUCCAUUUAUGUCAUGGGAUGUCUUAUCCUAUUGCCGGGAAUGUCACAACUUACAGGGCUAAAGGCUACGAUUUAGAACAUCCUAUGGUGCCUCAUGGACUCUCUGUAGUUCUUACUUCACCUGCUGUUUUCGCCUUCACUGCAAAUAUGUGCCCUGAUCGCCACCUGGAGGCAGCAAAAAUACUAGGUACCGAUGUGAGUAACAUCAAGAGAGAUGAUGCUGGCCGUGUGUUGGCUGACACACUCAGAUCGUUUCUGUAUGACCUGGAAGUGGAGGAUGGCUUGUCUGCAGUUGGCUACACUAAAGAGGACAUUCCAUCUUUGGUGAAGGGCACCAUCCCUCAGGAGCGGGUGACUAAGCUGUCUCCUCGAGCUCACACUGAAGAGGAUCUGACCGCUCUGUUUGCAGCAUCCAUGAAGCUCUAUUGAGAAAACCGAAGGACGUUUUAACACAUUGAUGGUGUUCUCAGAAAAACAGUCUCUAAUUAGCUGUGCCGAUGUCAUUUAUGUAAGCAGAGACACUGAUCUCAACACUCUGACCUCACUGACCUUUAAUCCUUUCAGUGAUGUCACUGUCCUGAGCAAGAAAAGCACAGACAGUAACUCUCCAUCAGAAGCUGUACUUUAAUGCGUUGUCAACAUGAUCAAAUCACAAACACAAUAUGCAUACUCUCCAUUCACUCUAUUAAGACAUAACUAUUAAUGCUGGUCUGUUAAUCAGAUUGAUUUAGGCAGGUUGGAUUUAAAUGAGUCUAAUCUAAGAAUCAGGUUUAGACUUAGUAUAGUAAAGAAACAUUGCUUUUCAUUUCUUAAAUUGAUUCAUGCAUAAUAGAUUCACCCUGAAAUGUUUAUAUUCUGAAAAUGAUAAAAAAAUAUGAAAAUAAACCAGAUUAUAUUUUUCUCUAUGAAUGUGGGCGUGUAUCUCAGUAUUUCUCUCAUAUUACUCGUCUACACAAGUGAUUUUUAUUUGAAAUGGAGCUAGAAACAAAAAAAUGAAUUUAAUGGAGUAUGUAGUAUAUAAAAGUGUUUAAGAUUAUGAAAUCAGAAAAGCUGUUCAGAUAUGUUUUACUGUUGACUAAUAAAAUGUAUCAAGAUAA